CGCUGCGCUGCGGUGCGGGUCGGGCCGGCGGCGCAGUGCAGGAGCCGGGCCGGCAGCGGUGUGCGGGCAGCACCGGGAGCAGCAACAGCAACAGCAGCAGCAGCAGCAACAGCAGCAGCAGCGGCACUCCGCGGGCUGGCGGCGCUGGGAGCACGACAGCGGGCUGCCCCACAGGGCUCGACGCUCCGCCUCGUCCCCGCCGGCCGCCGCACCCCGCCCGGGUCCCGCGGGUGCAGCAUGAAGCGCGGCGAUGAUGGCACGGCGGGGUAAGACGGCGGCGCGGACGCUGGAAGACCUGACGCUGGACUCCGGCUAUGGUGGAGCGGCGGACUCGGUGCGCUCCUCCAACUUGUCGCUGUGCUGCUCGGAUUCGCACCCCGCGUACCCCUAUGGAGGAAGCUGCCGGCCGCACCUAACUGACUCCAUGCACAGUCGCCACAACAGCUUCGACACCGUCAACACCGUCCUAGCGGAAGAUUCCGAGGUGCUGGACUGCGCGGGGCAGCACUGCUCCCGGCUCCUGCCCGACCUUGAGGAGGUCCCCUGGAGCCUGGAGGAGGUGGAGGCGCUGCUGCAGCCGCCGCAGCCGCGCCGGGAUCCGCGGGCGCCGGGCGGCGGCGGCGGCGCGGCGGGGCGGGAUGCGGCGGCGCGGCUGUCCACGCUGGUGAGCCGCGCUCUGGUGCGCAUCGCCCGCGAGGCUCAGCGCCUCAGCCUGCGCUUCGCCAAGUGCACCAAGCACGAGGUGCGCAGCGCCAUGGAGAUCGUGCUGGGCUGGACGCUGGCCGCCCGCUGCACGGCGGCCGCUCUCGGAGCCCUCUCGCUCUACAACAUGAGCGGCAGCGGAGGGGACCGCUUCAGCCGCGGCAAGUCGGCGCGCUGCGGGCUGGCCUUCUCCGUCGGCAAGUUCUACCGCUGGAUGGUGGACAGCCGCGUGGCCCUGCGCAUCCACGAGCACGCCGCCAUCUACCUGACGGCCGGCACCGAGAGCCUCUUCCGCGACAUCCACGCUCGGGUGCUGGCCGGGACCGGGCCCUCCGCCCCGCUGCCGCCGCCCGGCCGUACCACCCCCGCUGCGGCCGCCGGCCCGGCCGAGAGGGAGAAGGAGGGCGCCGAGGCGCCGCGCUUCACGCUGGAGGCUCUGGAGCAGACGGUCAACAACGACCCCGAGCUGUGGGGGCUGCUGCAGCCCUACCAGCACCUCAUCUGCGGGAAGAACGCCAGCGGUGUUCUCUGCUUGCCGGACAGCUUGAACCUUCACAAAGACCAGCAACGGUCAAACAAGCCUGGGGAAGUGCAGAUGUUCAGCCAGUCCGAGCUAAGGACCAUCGAGCAGUCUUUACUGGCUACACGUGUGGGGAGCAUUGCCGAGCUCAGUGACCUCGUAUCCCGAGCCAUGCACCACCUCCAGCCACUGAAUGCCAAGCAGCACGGGAAUGGCACGCCAAUGCACCAGAAGCAGGGAUCACUCUACUGGGAGCCAGAGGCUUUGUACACCCUCUGCUACUUCAUGCACUGCCCGCAGAUGGAGUGGGAAAACCCGAACGUGGAGCCAUCAAAAGUCACGCUGCAGACUGAGAGGCCGUUCAUCGUGCUGCCGCCCCUGAUGGAGUGGAUUCGGGUCGCCGUCGCUCACGCGGGGCACCGUCGCAGCUUCUCGGUGGACAGUGAUGACGUACGGCAGGCAGCCAGGCUUCUGCUGCCCGGAGUUGACUGUGAACCUCGACAGCUAAAAAUCGACGACUGUUUUUGUGCAUCUCGGAAACUGGAUGCAGUUGCCACUGAAGCGAAGUUCAAGCAGGACCUGGGCUUCCGGAUGCUCAACUGUGGCCGAACGGAUCUGGUUAAACAGGCCAUAGCCCUGCUAGGGCCGGAUGGGAUUAACAGCAUGAGUGAACAGGGCAUGACUCCACUGAUGUAUGCUUGUGUCAGGGGUGAUGAGGCUAUGGUGCAGAUGCUGCUAGAUGCUGGAGCAGAUCUGAAUGCUGAGGUUGUCAGUACUGCUCAUAAAUACCCAUCCGUCCACCCUGAGACCCGCCAUUGGACAGCUCUGACAUUUGCUGUGUUGCAUGGACAUAUUCCUGUAGUUCAGUUGUUGUUGGAUGCUGGAGCAAAAGUAGAAGGUUCCUUGGAGCAUGGAGAGGAAAACUACUCUGAAACUCCUUUACAGUUAGCAGCAGCUGCCGGAAAUUUCGAACUGGUCAGUUUGCUGUUGGAGCGAGGAGCUGACCCUAUGAUAGGAACAAUGUACAGAAAUGGCAUUUCCAUGACUCCACAAGGUGACAUGAACUCUUUCAGUCAGGCUGCUGCGCAUGGACACAGGAAUGUCUUCCGUAAGCUACUUGCUCAGCCAGAGAAGGAGAAGAGUGAUAUCCUGUCGCUGGAGGAGAUACUGGCCGAGGGGACAGACUUACCUGACUCUGCAGCAGCUCCGCUUUGUGCCAGCCGCAACAGCAAGGCCAAACUGAAAGCCCUGAAGGAGGCCAUGUACCACAGUGCUGAGCAUGGAUAUGUGGAUGUGACCAUUGACAUACGGAGUAUAGGUGUUCCCUGGACACUGCACACAUGGCUGGAGUCCUUGCGAACAUCCUUCCAGCAGCACAGACGACCCCUCAUCCAGUGCUUACUGAAGGAAUUCAAGUCCAUUCAAGAGGAAGAGUACACAGAAGAGCUCAUCACACAGGGGUUGCCUCUGAUGUUUGAGAUACUAAAAGCCAGCAAGAACGAAGUGAUAAGUCAGCAGCUAUCCGUCAUUUUCACUCAUUGCUACGGACCCUACCCCAUUCCAAAGCUUGUGGAAAUUAAGCGCAAGCAGACCUCUCGCUUAGAUCCCCAUUUUCUUAACAACAAAGAGAUGUCAGAUGUUACAUUUCUGGUGGAAGGAAGACCAUUUUAUGCGCAUAGAGUGCUGCUAUUUACUGCAUCACCACGGUUUAAAGCAUUGCUGUCUAGCAAGCCCUCAACUGAUAGUACUUGUAUUGAGAUCAACUAUGUGAAGUACCCCAUCUUUCAGUUGGUUAUGCAGUAUCUGUAUUAUGGAGGUGCAGAGUCACUCUUGAUUAAAAACAAUGAAAUUAUGGAGCUUCUCUCUGCUGCUAAAUUUUUCCAGCUUGAAGCUUUACAACGACACUGUGAGAUCAUUUGUGCAAAAAGCAUUAAUACAGAAAACUGCGUGGAUAUUUAUAAUCAUGCCAAGUUUCUCGGAGUCACAGAACUAUCUUCCUAUUGCGAAGGCUACUUUCUAAAAAAUAUGAUGGUCCUCAUUGAAAACGAAGCUUUCAAGCAGCUGUUGUAUGACAAGAACGGAGAAACGUCUGGUCAGAAUGUACUACAGGACUUACAGAGGACGUUGGCCACAAGGAUUCAGUCAAUCCAUUUAUCUUCUUCAAAGGGCUCCAUUGUAUAAAGCUGAGGAAGACGGUAACGCUCUAAUAAAGACCCUGCAAGUUAAGUCUCCUGUUGCAGUUGCUUAAAUGAAUACACACAAAAUAGAUUCUACUUCACAUCCAAAUAGUUCCGUGUUGGCCAAAGGUGCUGCGCUGAGGCUUCCACCUCAUUUGGAUGAGGGAAUAUGGAAAACAUAGCUCCUGUAUGCAUCUGAGCAACAGGCCUACCAGAGCGUCCAGUGCAUCGGUGUUGUGCCCAAAUUCUGAACACAAAAGUGUAGUCGUGGAGCUAGAUGCCAACAAAAGCCAGAACUCACAUCAGUGAACAGCAGCAGCCCCUGCCUGAGCGGUGGUGCCAUGGAACACCUGAAUUGACCAAUUACACAUUUAAGGCAAAUGUUCCAUCGUUUCCCAUUUAAGAACUAUAUCUAUCCCGGAGUCCAUUAUACACUUAAAAAAUGUAAGAACUGUUGUUGCUGUUGAGCAAAGAUGGAUUGUGUUAAGAGAGUGGGUAAGACUGUUACAACUGAGGAAAUAUACAUACUGGCAGAUUUUUAGGGGUGGGAACUUUUUAAAUUGUUCAUAAAAAUAAUGGGGUGGCCUUGUAGUUUAAAAACUAUUUCUUAAGCUUAAAAUUUCAUUUUCAACAGUUGUGUUUGAGAAUCUAUGUAACAUGUUUUGUUUUUUAAAUGGUUAAAAUGUACAUUGUGUAAACACACAUAUGAUCGAGUUUUGCUUGUAUUCUUUCCUAAAGUGGUAUAAUCUUGCCUACAGGCUAUGGUUACACCAAAGAGGUACAUUACCCAGGCUAUCUCUAAUACAGUAGUUGAGGGGGGGGGG